ACCUGUUAACUAACUCACAAAAUCAAAAUAAUUAAAAUAAAAUUAUAGUUUGCAAUGAAAUUAUUAUCUUAAUAUUACAUUGAUAGAAUAUUUCCAUCUUUUUCAGGUCGUGGUGGUACAUCGGGUUCUAAGUUCCGGAUCUCUCUUGCGUUACCCGUCGGAGCAGUCAUAAAUUGCGCUGACAACACAGGGGCGAAAAACUUAUACGUCAUUGCCGUGCAAGGCAUCAAAGGGCGCCUCAACCGUCUUCCUGCAGCGGGAUCAGGUGACAUGAUUGUGGCCACGGUGAAGAAGGGCAAACCAGAACUAAGGAAGAAAGUAAUGCCUGCUGUAGUCGUUCGGCAGAGAAAACCUGUUCGAAGGAAAGAUGGAGUUUUCAUAUACUUUGAAGACAAUGCUGGAGUAAUAGUAAAUAAUAAAGGAGAAAUGAAAGGAAGUGCUAUUACUGGGCCUGUUGCAAAAGAAUGUGCUGAUCUGUGGCCAAGAAUUGCAUCGAAUGCAAGCUGUAUUGCAUAAAGCAAGAUUUUUUUCUUCUGUUUCAUUAUUUUUUUACCAUAAUCUAUUCUUGGUAAAAUUUGUUGGGUUUAAAAAAUUCGAACAAUCUGUAAAUGAACCACACACAAAAUUGAUGAAUUCAUUAAAAAAGUUAUAAUUAUUCAAGAUUUACUUUAUUUUCUGGUUUAAAGUAUAAUUUGAAUGUACAAGAAAUCAAAGCGAAGAGAUCACCCCAUGUUAUAUGAGAACUGUUUGCUAUGUGAACUUGAGUGACAAACUGUGAAUAAUAACUGUAACUGUCUCAUGAGAUAACCCAUACUUCACUGACAAGAGUUAAUUUUAUUUACAUUAACCCUACUGAUAAUGGCAGAUGUGAUUAUGGAUUUAAAAAUUAAUUAUCAACGAAUUAUAAUUCUUAAUAUGUUCAAUUAAAAAUUUCAUGAGGCUGAAAAGGAGGAUUGUAGGUUUCUCAGAGCAAUCACAGCAGUGUAAAUCAGUAGAAAUUUUUUAUGAACAAUCAUAUGCAUACUCUAUUGGAUGAAGGAAGCAACUGGCAUGAAAUUAAUAAACAAAACAUUAAAAAUUGUAGGAGGUUGUUUGUUUUUAUCUUUUCGCAUACCAAUUAUUUAGAACCAUGCUGCGGCAAAAACUGACUUUUUUUUUACAGAAAAACUAGCUUAAUUCAGCUUUGAUACCAAAAAAGUCCAUAAAUCACAUUCUUAUAUGUAGUAAAUUAUUUCAUUUAAUUCAUUUGUGAACACUAUCCACAUUUUGUGGGUCCUUGUUACUGAAAAAUCGGUUGAGAGCAAAACAUCAAAUCAGUCUAUGUGCAACGCUAGAGCCUAAACCAUUGAGGGCAUUUUCU